UCUCAAACCGGACACUGCACCAUCAAGUUUCCCUUUGCUUCUAACAUGUCUACUCUCCGCCGGACAGAACAACUACUACUCCAGUUUGGGUGAGCAAACUGUCCACAACUCAUGCAUUUCAUCAACUGGUGUGUCCACCAGCAUAGAAGGCCAUGAAGAAAAGCAAACUAACUCUUACUCUGCUCCCUCAACUGUGGACCUUGUUUCUCCAUCAGUUGUCAUGGAUGGAUCAGUGCAUGAUGGCUCACACUCGUGGAGUCAGCAAGACAUGGCUUCCCGAAAUCAACCUCCGGAGGAUCCUAGCGAUGAGGCGGACGGUUCGGACUUUUCAGAUGCGGAUGAGGAGUCAAAUGUAACGAUCAGAAGGCGAGUGUUCUCUCUAUUGUACUUAGACGACGAGUACCCUCCAAGACCCAUGGUGCCAAUCGGCCCCGCAUUCCAGGCGGAAAUCCCCAUAUGGGCUGGCACGUGCACCAAAAACAAUCACAAUACUUUGGAAAGCACUAAAUAUAUAGGCACCCGCGUUUGGCCUGUCGAAGACGGCAUCAAUGAACCCCUACUGGGAAGCAAUGGACAAGGAAGGCAUGAGCUUUGCUCUUGUAAGUCAGCAGGAUCAGCUAACUGCAUGAAAAGGCAUGUGUAUGAAUCCACAUUGAACUUCAAGCUUGAUCUCGGCCGGCUUUGUGGACUUGGAAGUUCGAUGGAAUGGGAGGGGAAGUCUCGAGGACAUGGACAAUGAGAGAAGAAAAUCGGUUCAAGAUGCUCAUGAAACAAAUCCUCUGGUGAACCAGGCAAGCUUCUGGGACAAAGCGUCGAAGUGCAUUCCGACCAAGAGCAAGGACAGCAUCUUGAGCUACUAUUACAAUGUGUUCGUCCCCAAACGAAUUACCAUGCAGUUGAGGUCGUCGACCGAGCAAAUUAAUAGUGACGAGGCUGAGUCCGAGGAAUGAUGGGAAAAUUUGAAGUUUGUGAGUUCAUCGAGAUCUCAUUAUUUCCAUUGGUUCUUCUAUAUAAUUGUGCCAGUACUCUGCAUUUAGACGUUAUUUAUUUGUUCCGUACGUUCCAUUUUGUGGGUAGUUCAUUAUGUUAUGAUUUGCGGUUGA